ACUCUUAAGGUAGCUUUCGUACAUCCCGAUCUUGGUAUCGGUGGGGCAGAGCGUCUCGUGGUUGAUGCUGCUACUGGUUUAAAAUCAAAAGGUCACAAAGUAGUUAUUUAUACUUCUCAUCAUGAUCGUGAACAUUGUUUUGAAGAAACUAAAGAUGGUUCACUUGAAGUUAGAGUACGUGGAAACAGUAUUAUUCCAC